AUGCUGAGAACUAAUAUCAAAGUUAUUACUCCUUCAAAGCUCAAUAGUUUGUUGAAAACUGCAUCUCUGGAAUCAAGAAUUGUUCCGGUAGAUGCAACAUGGUAUAUGCCAAACCAGAAGAAGCUCGGAUUCGACACCUUCAAGGCAUCAAGAAUCCCUAACUCCAUAUUUAUCGAUAUUGAUAAAAUAAAGGAUGAAAAAUCUAGCUACCCUCACAUGUUGCCAUCUUCGGAUAUCUUCAAAUAUCAUGUUUCCAAGUUGGGGAUAAGAAAUAAUGACCAUUUGGUGGUUUAUGAUCAAAUCGGUAACUUUUCUGCCCCAAGAGCUGCUUGGAUGUUUGAAGUCUUUAGACAUAAAAACAUAUAUUUAUUGGAUAACUACCAGUCUUAUUUGAAAGAAAAAUAUGAUAUCGAUUCAUCCCCAAUAGAUAAACCAAGCACCUAUCCGGAAUCAGACUACGAAAUGGAGCGCACAAUCCUUAAUGAUGUUGUAUCGUUUGAAGAGAUCUAUGAUAUCGUUUCUGAUCCAGCCAACUCUUCAAAAUAUCAUAUUCUCGAUGCAAGAUCUACUGGUAGAUAUAAGGGUGUUGAUCCAGAGCCAAGGCCCGGCUUAACUUCAGGACACGCCCCUCAUGUUAUCAGCAGCCCAGCCACGGAGGUUUUGCAACCUGGAGACAAAACUUUUUUGCCAAAGGAAGACUUGAUUGAGUUUUUCAAUAAUAGGAAAGUGGACAAUUCUAAACCAAUAAUUGUUAUGUGUGGAACUGGUGUCACUGCUUGUAUCAUCAAGUCGGCACUAGAAAUAUCUGGUUUGGGUGAAAAAGGUAUCCAAGUGUAUGAUGGUUCUUGGACAGAAUAUGCUCAAAGAGCUGAUCCAAAAUACAUCAUCAAAGAGUAG